GUGGAUUGAUUUGAAUGUAUUGUGUAUAAUGAUCUUGAGAACGUGACUUCUGCAGGGGAGAAAAAAAAACAAUGAGUAAUUACCGCCGAGGUUGUCAACUAUCCCCAGUUCUGAAGAGUUUUCCAUGUCGUUGAAAAUUUUAUUUUCCUUGUGGACAAGCGGCAGUAAACUGGAUCUAAUUAGAUCCAAAAUUCCAUUUCUAGGUCUAGUCUAGUAGAACACUGCCGUGACGGACUGUGGGUAAAAGAUAGGCUUCGACCCACCUACCUAUUCAUGCCUUUUGUGUUGACCCGACUCAGAAAAGAAGAAGACUGGUUGACUGUUCGACUACAGAAUCUCACUUCUCCAUCUCAUUCGCCACUGACAACAUUUUGGACGACCCAUCUGUCAAUGCGCCGCCGCACCUUGUAACUGGCAAGAAACAAUGUCGGGACGGCGCAGUUAUCACAGAUUCCCCAAGGGCCAGACAUGCGAGCAGUGCCCAUCAAAGAGAUGGUAUUCGGAAGACGGUCGCCGAUAUUGCGAUCGCGGACAUGAGAUAGAGGGCUUCGUGGAACAUGACUUUGAAGACGAAGAUGGGUUCGGGCAGAAGGGCGCAGUGGCUCGCAAGGAGAAGGAGGUCCGCGAGAAGGCCUCGCGCAUGCUCUCGGGAAACGCGUCGCGUGAGCUGUACCUCCAGUGCCUGCAGCUCGUUCUCCGCAAGCAGCUUUUUUGGCUCGUGCACGACCGGGGUCUGCCGCCCAAGCUGGAGACGGUGGUGCGGGACCUCUGGACCCUGAGGACGCGCAACAUUGAGGGGCUCAAGACCGUUUCUGAGGCGGAGCGGGAUGAGGACCUCCAGCCGGGUGGGGAGAGGAGCGAGACCGACGGCAGCGAGACGAAGAUGUUUAGCAGCGGCGGGGAGUCGGAAGCCAGGCGGACGGACCGGUCGGGUACGGGCACGAGGGGUAGCUCAAGGGCGCGGAGCUGGACUUCGGAGAUUGGAGUCAAGAGGUCUCUCCCCAGGCUGAUUGAUACACUGGGGCUCUGUUACCUGGGCUGCUUGCUGAUGCGGCUGCCCGUCAGGGUCGGAGACUUGUUUGGUUGGAGCAAGAACAAUCAUAUCAUUUAUCUUGAUGCGAUCCAUGAAAUUCCUCGCGAGAUGCGGGCUCGUCUGCCUGGACAAUAUCAAAAGGCACUUACGGCCCGAUCUGCUCCAUUUUCGGGUGGAGAGCUUCACGAAACAGUCCUCGGGCUGGUUUUGUCCUUUCACAAAUUCUACAGAAUGACAUUUCCGCCUCUUAAUAGACAGCUGCUUACCUUAAAAUACAUUAAAGAGCUAGCACUGCCGCCCGAGAUAUACACCUUUACUCAAGAGAUGGUCGACUUCCUUAAUGUGGAUUUUACUUUUCCGGUCGGGCAACGAAGAGUGCAACUACUCGAUCACCCCGAUGUCUUCUUGAUAUCAUGCAUAGUCAUGGUCACCAAGCUGAUCUGUCCCUUUGACGACGUUCGUCGAGGCACUAGCGAGAUUAACUUUUCAUUACCUUUGCUGAAGAUUGACUGGCAGCAAUGGAGAGAGGAGUUCGACGUGGCGCCAAAAGAGUCGCUUUCUCGAUGGGAUAUUGAAAUGCUGACCUCUGAAGAUGCCUGGACUAUAAGUCCAGCCAAAGCAGAUGAUUAUCUUUCUUGGUUUCAGCAGGUCAAGAUCGACCCGCAAAGGUCCAGCCAACUGGGGCGAUUUGCCGGUCUUUUCCCCCUUCAGGAGCAACAAAGAGAAACCAGACCCGUGAACCCCGAUGAGGCGGCUUUGGACAGUAGGUUGCUAGAAAUUCAUAGCAAAAUGACUCUACAGCUUCCUGAGGAUUUUGCAAAUGAGGACUCUGUGACGACAAUUUUUGGAGCUAGGCACUGGGUUUGGCGCAAUAUUGACGAUCUCCCGCCAACCGCUAGGGCAUUUUAUAGCAAAGCUGCUGAGUUGUCAGGGCUUGCUCCAAGCGGACUUGCUAAGGCAGUGUUCAUGCUUGAACGAAGACUUGAUAUGUGGAUCAAGAGGCAAAGGGGUGAAGCAGGAGGAGCCGGGCAGCUGGCCUAGUACACAAAGCAAUACGUGUAUUGGCUUACGCAGGAUGAUGCGUAUCCAAAAUACCCAGCAAACUGCGUAGUAGAAAUGGAAGGAACUAGCUUGUAUCAAGCCAACCGUUUUCAUGUCAUACUAGUAAUGUUAUACAUGGACCCUGCCUGGAUUAUUGGCUAUAUUUUGCAGUUCCCACCUCAGUCUUGAUUUUGUACAAUGCUGCCCCAAAGAACUUUUUUUUAAAAACCAAAUGAUAUACAUAUCUUUUUUUUUUUUUUUUUUUGGUAGGGAGAUUUGUCUCAAGCCAACUUCUAAGCGAAUUCAAAC